GCCUCAUUGCAGCGCCCUCUGCCGUCCAAGCGAGGAACAUACCGGACCAAUGCAACCUGCAAUGAUGAUGUUCUCGUCCAAAUACUGGGCCAGGAGGGGGAUGUCAUUGGACUCUGCAAUGUCCCAGGACUUCCUAAAUGCACCCUCGAGAGACAAACUAAAUGUUUUGAGAAUUGAUGAGAAUAAAUGUAGCAAGACUGAAGCCACUGCGGAAACAGAGAGGACGGCAGUGAUACUUACAAUGAAAAAUGAAGUUGGGGGAUUACUGCAAAAUCUAAAAAUUUUCAAGGAAAAGUAUGUGAAUAUUAUUCACAUAGAAUCACGGAAAUCUAAGGGGAACAAGUCUGAGGUGGACAUGUAUGUGGAAUUUGAAUGUACCAAGAAAAAAUGCCAAGAACUCCAACAUCUGCUGAAACUCCAAAGCGGCAUCAUAUCCGUAAAUCCAGUUGAGAGGAUCUGGAGGAAGGAUGAAGAGCUGGAAGGAGUUUUGUGGUUUCCCAGGAAGAUCUCUGAACUAGAUAAAUGCUCCAACAGAGUCUUGAUGUAUGGAUCUGAACUGGAUGCUGACCAUCCUGGAUUUAAGGACAACGUGUACAGACAAAGAAGAAAGUAUUUUGUAGAUGUGGCCAUGGACUAUAAAUAUGGCCAACCCAUACCUAGAGUGGAGUACACAGCAGAAGAGAUAAAAACAUGGGGCACUGUAUUUAAGGAACUUACCAAAUUAUACCCAACACAUGCCUGCAAAGAGUACCUCAAGAACCUUCCACUGUUAACCAAAUAUUGUGGCUACCGAGAAGAUAAUGUUCCACAACUUGAGGAUGUUGCUAUAUUUCUCAAAGAAAGAUCUGGCUUCACGGUGAGACCUGUUGCGGGCUAUCUAUCACCUAGAGACUUUUUAGCUGGCUUAGCCUACCGGGUUUUUCACUGCACGCAGUACAUUAGGCACGGAUCAGAUCCCCUCUACACACCUGAGCCGGACACAUGCCAUGAAUUGCUGGGCCAUGUUCCUUUGCUUGCGGACCCCAAAUUUGCCCAGUUUUCACAGGAGAUUGGUCUUGCUUCCUUGGGUGCAUCCGAUGAAGAUGUUCAGAAACUUGCAACUUGUUAUUUCUUUACAAUUGAGUUUGGCCUCUGCAAACAAGAUGGACAGCUACGUGCAUAUGGAGCAGGACUUCUGUCUUCUAUAGGGGAAUUAAAGCACGCCUUGUCUGACAAAGCUAUUGUGAAAACGUUUGAUCCAAAGACAACCUGCUUACAAGAAUGUAUUAUCACCACCUUUCAGGAUUCCUACUUUGUGUCAGAAAGCUUUGAUGAAGCCAAGGAAAAAAUGAGGGAAUUCGCCAAAUCAAUCAACAGACCUUUUUCAGUCUACUUCAAUCCUUAUACUCAGAGCAUUGAAAUCCUUAACAAUACCCGGAGUAUUGAAAAUGUCAUUCAAGAUUUACGGAGUGAUCUAAACACAGUGUCUGAUGCUUUAGCCAAAAUGAAUAAAUAUUUGGGAAUAUAAAUCCAACCCAAAACCCUCCCACAAAACUGUUUUGUGUAAUAAAAAUGAUAAUGCAAAUAUUCAGGAAGGACACAGUUACAAGUAUGUUAUUUGAAACAGGUUUCUAUAGGCAUUAAAUUACUACAUGUACUUAUUAAAGAAUUAGUAAAGCCUUUAUCUCUAAAAUUACUCUAAAUAGUGCCCAGGAUAAUCUGCAUUUAGGCAUGACAUUUCUAUCCAUAUUCAUUUUUAACUGUCUUCAUGGUAAAAGAGAUAAGGAGAACUCCUAGAGCAGGGAAUAGCUCAAAUGAGCAAGUUUUUAGCUUGUGAUUUAAAAACUGCAUAAAACUGAAUACAGGGACAAAUAUUUGUUAUUCCGGGGGCUGUCUUUUUAGGGAAUUUAAAAAAGGCUUACUUAUCCUUUAAUGGAGGGCUGGAGGAAAUGAUUUCAUAUUGCAUUCAUCAUUUUCCUACAGUGUAACAUAGUGAGUCUAUCAUAGUCAACCCUCUUCAUGCAGAAUGAGACAUUAUUGGGAAGCCAUCACUCCAAAUUUCAUCCAAAAUUAAGACAUUUCUUAUAACUAGUUUACAGAUAUUUAAAAACAUGGUGUUAAAUGUCACAGCUAUAGUUCUGGAAGCAUUUGAGAAAAAAAAAGUGCAACCACCUCAUGAGAGAAUGAGCUCUUUAUAGUUAAGGGCCAUUGCUUCCCACCCAGGGUCGGACUGGG